AUGAUGAUAACCACCGCCACAGUCAUCGGAUGCCUGCUAUGGCGAGGGCUUCACGCUGUUGACUAUGUCAAUCAGGGCGACACCUGCUCAGUAAUAAAAGCCCUGGAAGACAAAAGUGCAGAAGUCCAGUUCCUGAAGCGCCAGAUUCAAGCCCUACAAGAUCAGCUGCGUCGACGCAAAGAUGUUCUCGGACGACUGAAGGAUUUGGAGGUGAAGACGAACAAAGUGGAUUCUGAUAUGAAAGCUGUGAAAGCUCAACUCGACGAUCCACGAGGCAAGAAACAUCCAAUGAGGUUUACAAAGUGUCUACAUAAUAUUGUUUCAUGUUUUGUAGGAAGUGGGCCUAGGAGUUCUGGUGCAGUGUACACCCGGUGGGGCAGGACGCGGUGUCCUCGGGACAGCUUCCUUCUAUAUGAUGGGUUUGCAGGAGGUUCUUUUGUAACAUAUGGAGGCGGAGGAGCCAAUUAUAUGUGCCUUCCCAAGGACCCUCAGUGGGCAAAAACCAUUGACGGUCGUCAAGAUUGCGUGGGUCUGAUGUUCGGAGCUGAGUACCAAUCCUGUGCCGAGAAUGACCAUCUUUUCUCCAAUGAAAAUGCCGACACAAGUUCAAUUUACGAACAAGACGUCCCAUGUGCAGUUUGCCAGUCAACUGGCCGAACAAGUCACGUGAUGAUUCCAGCAAAAACCGAGUGUCCUUACGGUUGGGUCCGAGAGUAUUUCGGCUACCUCAUGUCAUCUCACUACGAACACAAGCGGACGGAAUGGGUGUGCGUGGAUCCUGCGCCAGAAGUCCUGGAGAACGGUUCUGCCAAUAUGAAUGGAGCCCUAUUGUAUUUCACCGAAGUGGCGUGCGGCUCUCUGCCUUGUCCACCCUAUAGGGACGGCCAUGAACUUACGUGUGUUGUCUGUACAAAAUAGGCUAAUAGGAUGUCGUAAAUUGUCGAAGUAUUGUGCAGGAAAGAAAACACAUUUUGUUAUAGACCACUUGUGAUGCUGCAGAGGGUGCAGUGAUGCUGUAUUCGUGACCUAUGGCACUUCUGCCGAGUUAUAAGACUCUGACCUCUGUAAGAUUUCUCUGUUCGUGUAAGUUUAAAUGAAGUAGCUUGAUGAAAAUGAUAUGAACAGGUCGGUGUUUAAACAUAACUCACUUGUCAUAACCUUCCGAAUAUUACAAGAGCACCACGAAAGGUUGUUCUAAAUUAGAUUCCUCUUGUAAUCCAAAUUAUUACACAUCUCAUAAACACAUAUGUACAUAUUAUUCUUGGGAGGGCUUGUUCUUCCGCUACAUUUGAUAAAUGCAUACUUAUUCAGGCCACCAGUGACUCGUACAAAGUCGAACGACAACAAAUGGAUGUACAUAUUUAGCAAUUUAGUUCAUGGUUAGAUGCGUACUUGAUUAGUUCAUUUACAUCGGUGGCAUAUAGUAUACACCAUAUUGAAUAGAAAACCAAUUUAUCUUCGAAAUUUGUAAAUGUCUAUCGAAACAUAUUAUACAAUCGAAUAAUUAUGUUAAAUUCAAGUGUUUAUUAAAUUAAACAUAUAAAUAUCUGAAGGCAAAGCUAGUGGCAUAUGCAUGUAGACAACUAGCUUGUAGAUAAUUCACACGAAACCCUAAGACUAAUCCCGCAGCCACUGCGUAUUCACAGACAUGUGCUUAAUGUGUUCAUGAGUCUCUGAUUGUUAUUUAAUAUCACGAUCAAGAAUGUGUCUGUUUACGAUGGCGGUUAGAUUUAUGAUUGUGGAAACUGGAGUGCCCAAACUAAACCACAGGCCUUAGACAAGUUAGUGAUGAACUUGCUUGUAUCAUACAAGAGUUACCCAACCCCCGUGAAAAGUAUGAUUUGGGGAAUAAAGCCCAUCAACAAUCAAACCAUCUUCCUCGCAUGAAGUUUAAAAUUGCAUGCCUUUCUAAUACAUCACUUCACUAUAUCCAAGAGACAAAAAAGGACAUUUUGACAAACAAAGGUUCCUGGGUUCACUUUCACAAAGAUGUCGUAUGAUAUCGCGCAUAUAGGACAACCGUACGUUACACCAGUAACGUACAAAAUAUCGUACGGCAAAUGUACGAUAAAAAAUGUCGUACGCCGCACUGUGAAAGUCAUCCCUGUAGAUAUACCAUGCUGUUCAUUCAGUAAUACUGCACGUACAAAUCAAACCUAUUUAGACAACAAAAGGCUAAUUACCACAAUCCAUGAUGACAAGUGGAAACGAUCGUAACAUCGUAAAACGUAAGCGUUCAUUGGCUAAUGCGGAUUACGACACUUUCCACUCGUAUAAGAAAGCCAUUGGGGUCGAUAGAUGGGAAUGGUCUAUCUUGGAGGAGCACGUGUGUGUCGGAUGGAUGUUUUCAUCUCCCGCCGACUUUACGAUAAGGAUAGUUUCUGUUUUGACAUUAACCAUUCUUAUACUUGCAUACCAAUGUAGCAAAAGGACCUGUAUAUGUCGUGCACAUCUAAAUGACAGUGCAGUGUUUGUUAGAUUCACUGCAUGAA